CUUUUUCUUUGGCUUAUUUGGCAGAACGACACCUGCCAUGUUGCUGUUGUUUACUACACUCAACAGCAGCCGACUCGUGCACAACUCAUGCGAGAUUUGGAUAUGAAAUACGUGCUCCUCCCCGGAGAAACGAAAUCUCCCCGUCUGCCGAUUCUGACGCACUCGCUUCUUUUUUUUCCCCUGAUGGGAGUGCGUGCACGGUUGUUGUUGCGCUUAUUUCUUAUGCAAUGCAAUGCCUAUGCAUAUGCAUAGGCAUUGCAUUGCACGGAGGAGCAAGGAGGAGCUUCUGUGAGCAUCUGUGUGAACCAAAAAAAGAACGAAAACAAAAAAGAACGGCUCACAACCAAACGCGACUCGGUUCCCAUGGUUUAUGUUGAUGAGCCGUUCAAAAGAUCCGUGAACGUCACAACUCUCCUCUUGUCUCCAAGACCUAAAUCAAGAGACGCAGGCGAAUGAGUCCUGCUGCUACGGCUAUUAAGCGAGUGCGGAAUUGGAGCAGGGAUAUUAAUAGAGAGCGUAGCUCGACGUUUGCACGCUGAAGUUCAGUCGCAGCAGGAAAAACGUUCAGGGCUUGUGUUAUAUCGUUUCCCUCAUGUGGGCCGCAGCAUAUGAAGAGAGAGCUAACGACAACAAUCGCAAGUUACUCUAUAACUUAAUGUUUGUUUAAUGUUAGCCGUCUGACAGCUAACGCUAACUAGCUUCGCCUCUUUGGCAUUCAUCGUCAGUUUCAAAACAAAGCCCGCAAAAUAAACAGUGAAGUUGUAGAGUCAGCUGUCAUCAACGGAAAGGGACUGGGGUUUAGGUCUCAAGAAAUUGUAAACGCUGCUCAGUUGAUGUUUCUUUUUUCAUCCUUAUUUAAUGUCGUUAUUGCUCUGUAUAAAAAUCUGUCAGCAGGUCAAAUAGACAGCGACGUGCUUUAACUGACAACCAAAAGUAGCUGUUACCGUUUGGCUUGGAUUACAAGGAGGAAUCGCACCAAGUUGCUUUCGAAUCUUGGAUUUAAAUGUCUGAGAAGAGUUCGUCGUCUGGUUCGGACGAGGAUGUGGAGCCGGAAUCUAGGCAGCCGGUUGAAUUCGGAGGUGUUUUAAGCAAGUGGACAAACUACAUACACGGAUGGCAGGACCGAUGGGUGGUGUUGAAAAACAACACUUUGAGCUACUACAAAUCAGAGGAUGAACGGGAGUAUGGCUGCAGGGGUUCCCUGUGCCUCAGCAAGGCUGUCAUUACACCCCAUGAGUUUGACGAGUGUCGCUUUGACAUCAGCGUGAACGACAGUGUUUGGUACCUUAGAGCUGAAGAUCCUGAGCACAGACUCCAGUGGAUUGAGUCCAUAGAAAUGCACAAGGCUGGUUAUGGUUCAGAAACCAGCCUGAGGCAUCAUGGUUCCAUGUUGUCUCUCACCUCAGCAGCCAGUGUCUUGUCUGCCACCUCCACAUCCUCCUUCAAGAAAGGUCACAGACUAUGUGAGAAGUUAGCAGAAAUGGAAACCUUUCGAGACAUUCUGUGCAGACAAGUGGACACCCUGCAGAGAUACUUUGACUCCUGUGCUGAUGCUGUCUCUAAAGAUGUAUUUCAGAGGGACAAAGUAGAGGAUGAUGAAGAUGAGUUUCCCACCAACACAAGACCUGAUGGAGAAUGUAAUCACAACAACAACAGCAGCAAAGAGAAAUUGUUCCCUCCGUCCAGUCCCAAAGGUAUCAAUGGCAUCGACUUUAAAGGUGAAGCCAUAACAUUCAAGGCAACGACAGCAGGCAUCCUCUCCACCCUUUCCCACUGCAUUGAACUCAUGGUCAAGCGAGAGGACAGCUGGCAGAAAAAACUGGACAAGGAGUUGGAGAAGAGGAGGAGGGUAGAAGAUGCCUACAAGUGUGCUGUGAACGAACUGAAGACAAAGUCACACUACGGAGGCCCAGACUAUGAGGAAGGGCCAAACAGCCUGAUCAAUGAAGAAGAGUUUUUUGAUGCAGUGGAAGCGGAGCUGGACAGACAAGACAAGAUAGAAGAGCAGAGCCAGUCAGAGAAAGUCAGAAUAUCCCGACCGCCGUCCGUUACACCUGGAGAUGUCUAUUCCACCAUCAGCACACACCGGCUGGCCAACAAGCCCCAUAGCCAUUCUUCCUCGCUGUCCUCCGUUGAGCUAGUCAGUGCUUCAGAAGACCUUCACAGAUUCAGCACUGAGGUGGAGGAGAUGGUGCAGAACCAUAUGACUUACUCUUUACAGGACGUGGGUGGAGAUGCCAACUGGCAGUUGGUGAUAGAAGAAGGAGAGAUGAAGGUGUACAGGAGAGAGGUGGAAGAGAAUGGUAUUGUCUUGGAUCCACUCAAAGCCACGCAUUCAGUGAAGGGUGUGACAGGACACGAGGUCUGUCACUAUUUCUGGGACACGGAUGUUCGAAUGGACUGGGAGACCACCAUUGAAAACUUCAAUGUGGUGGAGACACUUUCUGACAACGCAACAAUUGUUUACCAGACACACAAGAGAGUGUGGCCGGCCUCUCAGAGAGAUGUGCUGUAUUUGUCCGCCAUGAGGAAGAUCAUAGCAACAAAUGAAAAUGAUCCUGACACAUGGUUGGUUUGUAACUUCUCUGUGGACCACAACGACACCCCUCCCACAAACAGGUGUGUUCGUGCCAAAAUCAAUGUUGCUAUGAUUUGCCAAACUCUGGUCAGCCCACCAGAGGGUGAUAAGGAGAUAAGCAGAGACAACAUCCUUUGUAAGAUCACCUACGUUGCCAAUGUAAACCCAGGAGGCUGGGCUCCGGCCUCCGUCCUCAGAGCUGUGGCCAAGAGAGAGUAUCCUAAGUUUCUAAAGCGCUUCACUUCCUACGUACAGGAAAAAACUGCUGGGAAGACCAUACUGUUCUGAACACUAAGCGGUCAGACGACCAGUCUGUGGAGAAGACGUUCAGCAUUAAACUGGCUCUGGAUGAACCAACUCUCCUGACAGUGAGACCAGACGGGUCUGGUCCACUGGAGACAGGUUUCGGAGCUUUAAUCCAUCACUAAUUCCUAAUCCAGUCACACCAGACCAGCUCAACACUUACCUGUUGUUCAUGGCUGCAGAGAAAACAUCUCCUGUUUGCAUUUCUAAAAGAAGAUGAUUGCAGAAUUUUAUUUUUAAAUUGUUUUGUACGUUACAAAAAAAAACCUACUCCACGACUUUCUUUGGGAUUUGCUUUAAUCACUAGUAUUACAGCUCCAUGUUUUGCUGCUGUUAAAUUAACCAUCGUGAGCGAGGCGAGUAAAUGUGAAGAGAUAAAAGCAUGGAUGAGGUUUUGGUACAGUGUUUUUGUUGUUGUUGUUGUUUUCUUUUCCCCCAGUCUUUCAUGCCUUCUCUCUCCCUCUGGUGAUGACUCUGUAGUUUGAUGGAGGGUCAGAGCCUGGAGCUUUGAAAUCUUUGUAUUUAUAAUGUAGAUUGUUAUAAAGCAGCUUUCUAAGAGACACAGUGUCAUGUACAUAGGCUUAUUGUUGGUUUAGUUUAUCAAUGUGAGGAAUAUGAAUUGAUUGUUGAGCUCUGUAAUGGAGUUGAAGAGUACUCACCCAGUUGAUUCAGUACAGACCAAGCUUAUUUACACAAACAACAAUAAUGCAACAUGUCGUGUCUGUUGGUACAAAGCUGUGGUUCAUUGACAUUCCUGAACCACAGUGUUCCACAGAAACAUACUCUCAAACGACCAUCCACAGUAACUGAUGUGAAGAUCUUCUGUUGAAGAGCAUUACAUAGAAUUAUUCCACACAUUUUACAUUGUUUUCUAUGUCAAAAAAGGACUUCUGGAGGAUCAGGAAAAUAUGUCAAAGUUUUUAGACCCCUCUGUAAAACGUCUGUGUGAAACAGUGACACCAAGAUAUUACAUUUUGUCAUCUUUCUUUAAUCUGUAAUCUGUACAUUUCAGUUGAAAACAGUUAAAAUGUAAUGUUGAAAAACAAAUCUGAAGGCAAACUUAAAUUGGAGUUUGGUUUAUUUGUGGCCUUUGUAAAGUGACAACUGCUUGGUAUUGGUUUGUAGGUGAUUGGUUAAUACUGAACACAGGCACAUCCUCUAGUGAUGAGAGGUCGUGUUCACUUGUACUAAGAUGGAUUUCACUUGAAAUCUACAAAUGAUCUGAUUAAAGAUGUAAAAGUUCUGAAACUAAAUGUCUUUGUUGGUGUCAUUGUUUGACAAUGAAAACCAUGGCUGUUUGUGUCCACCUUGUGUGACAUUUCACCUUCCACAUUACAGUGCAGUGACCUCCUGCCCUUUGAUUGACAAACUGCCCUGAGGAAUGCCUUAGAAAACCAGGACAAAGAUUCUGAUGUUCUCUACUGUACAGCUUCCACCAGACGUGCAUUUAUCAUCAAGGGGUGAGGGGAGGGUCAGCAUUUCACAUCAUCUUACCUCAUCAUUUACUGUAAUUUUUGCUCUGCAGUCAUGUACCUAUGAGUCUUAAGGUGUUUGGGAUCAGGGAGCAGCUCAUUGGUUAAUUCAAGGAUGAAUAGAGGAAUAAAAGCCCAAGGCCACAUCUAUGGAGGGUGCAUUUAUCAUUUUUAUGUUUGACAUUUUCUCAGUAAUCUACACUUUGUAUAUUUCCAACUUGUACAUGUCGUUUUAUAAUUUGCACAAAAUGUAACACAGUUUGACAAUGUCCUGUAAAUUAAAAUUGUUACACAAGAGAUUCUAACCAAUGGCUAAGAGCUUACUGACGAUGAUGCAAAAAUUGGGUUAAGUCUUCAGUGAAGCCUUUUUAGUUUAGAGUGCCAGGCAAAUUGAAGAAGUGCCAGUUAUGUGUCCAGUCUGCCAGAAGCCAGGUCACUGAAGAAAGAUCUGAGUCAUGUCUCCAGGGCUUUGUGUUGCUCUGAGUCACAAAAAAUAAAGUGGAAGUUUUAAUGGUUUCCAGGCUGCCUUCAGGUCACUUUGGCAAGUUUUCAGGAUACCAACUCAACAGAUGCAAGUCACUAAAGACACAUUUAAUUGCAGUUUGUGUUAAAGUUUUAAGUCAUCAUAUUUAAGAGUUGAUCUCUAAAAACAAAGGUCAAGUCUCCCAAGUCAAGACUCCAGUGUUUAGUCUUUUGAACAACCCAAGUUCAACCUUCUGACAUGUCAUAGUCACAGAUGUUUUAGGUUAGUCAUUUUGCAUUAAAUUCGAGUCCAAAUCGCAAGAACAUUUUUGAGUCGAUUCUCUUGAGUGGUGUCCAAACAGUUUGAACUGUGACUCCUAUGUGAUACGGAAAUGUUCCAGUCAAGUCGGAGUGAGGUCACUGAAGAAAACAUUUCAAGUCUGUUAAGUAUCAUUCUCAAGUCAUGACUUGAGGAUAACAAAAGUCUGUUAGGAUCCAUGCAGCACCGGCUCCCCCCAGGGCUGCGUGCUGAGCCCCCUCCUAUUCACCCUGCUCACACACGACUGCUCAGCACUACAUCCGAGCUGUCUGAUUGUGAAGUUCAAGGAUGAUAGAGCCGUGGUCGGACGCAUUACAGCCAACGAUGAGUCCAACUACAGGCAGCAGGUAGAACAUCUGGAGGGUUGGUGUAGAGAAAACAACCUCUGCAUCAAUGCAAAGAAGACCAAGGAGAUGAUCAUCGACUUCAGAAGGGGGAGACACCCCCCCCCCCCUGCACAUUGGAGGGACAGCGGUGGAAGUGGUCUCCAGCUUUAGGUAUCUGGGAGUACAC